AUGUCUACUGUCCGCUCCAUUCGUGCCCUCGCUCCCCUCCUGGACCGCGUGCUCGUCCAGCGCGUCAAGGCCGAGACCAAGACCGCCAGCGGCAUCUUCCUGCCCGAGUCCAGCGUCGAGAAGCUCAACGAGGCCAAGGUUCUGGCCGUCGGACCCGGUAGCCUGGACCGUGAUGGCAAGCGCAUCGCCAUGAGCGUUGCUGUUGGCGACCGAGUGCUGAUUCCCCAGUUUGGUGGCGCUCCCAUCAAGUCUGGCGAGGAAGAGUACCACCUGUUCCGCGACAGCGAAAUCCUUGCCAAGAUCAACGAGUAA